AUGGUGCUUCCUGAAAUGGAUCCCUUCUACUUAUUCAGGACAACAGCCCCAUCCAUACCAGCCGUGUUGUCCAAGAUUGGUUUCGUUAAAACCCCGACAUUGCGCUUUGUCACAUCCACUCAUCUCAACCCAGUUGAAAACGUACCUCCGGAGGCAUCUCAGAUUCCCGAGACGGCUCGGCAAAUGGCAUCGGUUUUCAAGACAAGUAGCGUCAUCUUUGGACCGAGAUCGGUCAAGCACUUGAGACCAAAAUACAAGUACGAAACAGUAUCGACUCAGAAAACCCGUACGACAAGAGUACCACCAAAGAGCGUAAAGGGCAGUUUCGAUGAUAUACCAAAGAAUAAGAAACGUUUUCUUCUGUCGCCCGCGCUGGACGUAAACAAAACGUUGGAGAAAUUUGCGUUGCUUCCGAGUCGCCUAAGAUUUUCUCCUCGUUUGGACGCUUGUUUGACCAGUGAGGAAUACCUUUGUGCAACAAUGGUUCUGCUGGUUUCCCACGUGUCAGGAUCUCGAAAAACAUGGUGCUUGGAGAACAAAUGUAUGACAGGAGCUGAUAUUUUUGAAGCUCUUCAGGGGAGAGAGGGGCAGAUCCAAGAUGUCGUCCUGCAAUCCAAAGGACAAAUCCUCUCCUCAUCCUCAGUAAUAUUGGAGGAUGAAACUGUCACAGCAACACUAAGGCUUCCCGGUGGCAAGGGAGGUUUUGGUUCUAUGCUGAGGGCGAUAGGUGCUCAAAUUGAGAAGACAACCAACCGUGAGGCAUGUCGGGAUCUCAGUGGUCGACGCUUGAGAGAUAUAAAUGAGGAAAAGAGAUUAAAGGAAUUCAUCAGCAAGAAAUCAGAAAGAGAACGAGAGGUGCAGGAACGCAAACGCCAAAAAUUUGAAAAAUUGAAAGAAACACCAAAGCACGUUUUCCAGGAUGAAUCCUAUUACCAGCAGAGAGAAGUUCGGGAAAAAAAUUUAUAUGAUUCAUUAGACAAAGCAUUUUCUAAGGAAACAGGAAGCACCUCAGGUUCCCAGAAAAGAAGUUCCUCAGAAGAAGCAAAGCCAGUUGUCAAACCUAAGAAAGGCAGAUUUUUAGAUGACUUGGAUGAAUCAAGUGGAGAUGACAGCGAUAGUGACGAGGAAGAAGCAAAGAGCAGCAAAGGAAACUCCUCAGAUGAGAAGGAGGAUGACAAGGCAUCAGGAAUGGAGAGUGGAAAGGAAGAGGAGCCAGACAGUGCGGCCAAGGGGACAGUAGCAGGCUCUGGGGCCAAGGGAGAAAGCGAUGCUGGAUAUUCAUCUAAUAAAGAAAGUGACGAGGAUACCUCCUCUAGGGGAUGAUAUGUGUUUCUUUCCCUUUCAUUUCUUUUUCUUUCUGAAUUGUAAAAAAAUGUCAUUGUAUUUUCAUGUCUACGUUCAUCUAUGUAUUUGCAUGUGAAAGUUAUUCCUUUUUGAUCCAUUUUCAUCCUUUUAAUUUUAUGUACUCUCUUUCUCAUUUCCAUGGCAUCAUUUAAAGCAGAAAUUGUACUCACAAAAUGCAUAGGCUCAAGUGUCUCCUGUUAAUGUGUUUAUAUUUGUUUAUUCUUGUGAUUAGUCACCAUUGUACAUUUUUGUCCUCUUUGCCAUCUGUUGGAGGUUAACACACCAUGUGUUAGUAUGAGUUAACUAAAAUGCUUUUUUAGUACUCACUUCUUUGAUAUCCAGUGAGCCUCAGCUAAUAAUAACCAAUGAAGAUUAGAGAACAUGGAGUAUGAAAGAACAUUAGUUCCAGGAGGUGCUUUUAUUUGACACUGAGUAAUUUUACUCAUAGCUCUUCAUAAAUGUGUCUUUGCUGUUUAUAGCAUUCUGAUGUUUGAAAAAAAAGUCUUUAUACAAAAUAUUUGGAUUUUCAAGCAACUACAUAUGAUGACUGUACACCAUGAUGUAUCCCAUCCUAUCAGCCAAAAUCUCUUUUUUUUUCUCUCUUUUUUUUUUCUUCUUCUCCUACCCACAUGAAAUUGAUUUUGAAAUGUAUACUAGAAGAUAUUUAGUAAAAAGCAAUUGUACUUUGUUUGAUUUAUGUAUUAUAUAUAUGUAUGCUAUUGUAGCUCCUUUAUUGUAGGGUAUAUCAUGUACAGCUUGGAAUGAUAUUGUCACAGUUAAGUAUGCUGUUAGAGAAGAAAACAUACUAUCUUUUAGGGAAAAUUUUGGAAUAAAAAGCAAAACAUUUAAAUUUUUUGUCACUCCUUUACACAGAACAAACUAGCGAGUUCUUUUUUUCUGCCUGUCGUUAUUCAAUUGGUCCCAGUGAAUAUAACCUUACAGAUAUGAGGAACUGAAUUUCUUAACCCGUUGGAUCUGGGAGCCUUGUGGUUCUUAUGUUGACCAAAAUCCAAGCAUUGGGCUCACUGGAGUGCAGCUUGUAGACCCAGCCUGGUAUCAAGGCUCCCAUGCUCCCUCAUUGCAAUGCUAUAUGCCUUUUUCUGCAGAUGCAUUUUUCCUGAAGCAUAUAUUUGUCAAGCUAUGCUAUAUCAAAAUGGCAAUAGACUGCUUCCCUUGAACAGAUUCUACAUUGUCUCCAGGUAUUUUAUACCCUAUGCAGUAACAUGAAGAAUAAAUUUGUAAUAUUUUUUACUUCAUUUCUUUCUUUCUUUUUUUUUUUUGUAUUCAGUUUUCCAUAAUACUCCUUGUACAGCAGGUAAGAAUAGCUUCUUGUCCACCCUGGGCACAGCUUUUUCCCAGGCAUGGCUCACAGAUGGCUCACUCAGCCCCUGUAGACCUGUAGAAAUCCUGCAUGAACAAGCCCCUUUCCAUAAAGGCCUGCUAGGUGAGUCUUUCUCCAAGUGAUUUGUAUAUUUAUGAUGAGAUAUCCCCAUCACACACCACUCAGCAGCAAUUUCCUAUGGGGAUAUGCUCCCAUUACCUAUCCUUCAGCCAAAUUUUUUCCAAUAUAUAACAUUCCUGUCACCCUUCCCUCAACCAAAUUUUUUUAUGACAAGACAACUCUCAUCCCGAUCCAAGGGGUUAAAGAUCAACUAAUUAUUAUGAGGUAAUUCUUGACUUUUGAAGAUUACUAUUUGCAUUAGGUCUGAUACAUGCGGUCUUUUAUUUCCUUAUCAGAAAAUCUACUUUUCCAUGGCUUUUAUGAAAUAAAAUGUAACUAAAUGAAUUGACAACUUUAAUCAGAAACUGGACAUUAAAAGUUGUAAACGGUCUAUUGUGUACACAAGUACAAACCUCAGACUCAUUGCUUGUGAAACUUUCAUUAUUAAAAUGAUUCAGUUGAAAACUGAAUCACUUUAUGCUAAUCCCCUUUUGAAGGAGACCUAUUACUUGCUAAAGGCUCACAUGUUUACUAUUAUCAUCUAUAAUAGAUAUUCUUGCUGGACAGUUUUAAGAAAUAACUUAAACAUAUAUUUUCUUUAUGAGAAGUUAACCCUGGUACACAUGGUUUCAAGUCAGUUUCCAUGUGGCUUGCCUAACCUUCUCUUGCCAACAUGGGUGUCAGGCAAUUACUUGUAGUUUGGAUCUACUCACACACGCAAGGAUGGACUAAAGUACUAAUUGGCAACUUAACAGUGUAGCACAUCCCCUAUUGCCAGAUAAAAUUUUUGACCAAAAUAUUACUUUUAGCUAAAAUUUAAAUGUUGCAUCAUCACACAUGCAUUCUUUAUCAUCACGGUGCCUUAAAUUUGUGGUGUGGAUGCUUACGUGAUGUUAAGUCCAUUACCAUAUAUGAUGAAGAACAAGCUCCUUGCUGAGGUCAGUCAUAGUGGAUUGUUGAGGUUUAAACUCACUGAUAUUUUGUGGUGUAGUUAUUUUAGUUUAAAUACAUGAAGUUUAACUGUAACCUUUAAUACUGCAGUUCAUUCUUAGUAAUUUGUAUUUUUCUAUGGACAGAAUUUCUUGCUUGACAGGGUCACUACUUCUUUGAUUAGAAUUUUUGUUUCCAGUGUGUACACAUCUUGAUACUCUAAGAUGUCUGAUUGUAAUUUGAGCUUUUCGAGUGAUGACUUUAAUUCCAUAUACAUUUCAAUUUUGGUCUGUUACUAGUUUGAUUGCUUUAAAGAUAUAUAAUUCCUUAUCAAAUAAAUGAGGAAAGCUUUGCAUUGUUCCUUUUCAUAUGUUUUAUAUUGAGUUAUUUCAGUUUUAUUUAUUGAUAUUAUUUGUCUGUUUUGUGAUGAGUAAACACAGUAUGUUAUAUUUGAUUUUAUGACUUAUUGUAGUGCAUAAAUACUCCACAUUCAUCCUUUUAGAGGUUUUCCCUAUUUCUUAAUUUCUUACUCUCAUUUCUCUUGUGUAUUUCUUAUUUUGUCUAAUGAUAAUGAUGUUAUAACUAGUGUUAGGUUGUUAUCUUCUCCAACAACUCUCAGAGGUUUUCUUUUGUUAUGAUUUAAUGUGUUAUGUUUACUUUGGUUUUAGGCUGUAAUGAGAGGUUUUUAUGUGAGUAUAUUUUGAUUUUGUUGUAAGUUCAUUUAGUUUAUGAACUUUUUAAAUGUGAUUGGUUAUGUUGAUCAAAUUUCAAUAUCUUCUUUUGCUUUCCUCACAUUUAUUCUUCUUGUAGUGGGUAAAAGAUGGCAUUUGAUAAUAAAUAUUAUAUAUA